UGUUUUAUCCCUGAAAGUGCCUGGGCAGGUAGAAAGACAAUCAAUCUUAAUGGCCACGCAGUGGUGGAAAGAAAAACAGGCUUAAAAGGCAGGGAAGCUUUUGAGACAACAGCUUGAUUUCUUCCCGCCCCCCCCAUAGUCAGAGAGAGGAAAAUAACAAUGAUUAUUAAAAAAAAAAAAAAUCUUUUCAUGAAAGAUGUGUUUUUUCAGGAAGAAGAAAGAUCCGUAAUUUCUGAACUCGGUUGCCAUGUCUUCAGCAUCGAUUCCACUGAAAUACAUAUGAUAUUCAGCUCAGACUAUUCUCUACACGCCGCAGCAAUGUAUCUCCUGGAUCUACGGAACGUUCUGGCAGACCCCCUCCAGCUCGAUGCAGCUUUUCCUUCUUGUUUUACUCCCCAGGAUGCCAUCGCUUAUCAGCCAUUAUUCGUUGUCUGUUUGGCGGCGAAGGAUGGCAGGGAAAGCAUGCGUGCAGCAGGAUCUGGUUGGCUAACAGCCACUUAGCCGAUGGUCACUGGAGGUACAGUGUCUUCUCUCAGGUGAUGGGGGCGAACAUUUUAUUCUACUAUGGUAUGUGUUAUUGGAAACCUUCACUCAUGUCUGAUGUCACUGCCUGCUGUUUAAUGUCUUAUCGGACACCUUAAUUCACGUCUGAUGUCAUUGCUUGCUGUUUAAUAUGUUAAUGGGCACCUUCACUCAUGUCUGAUGUCAUAACUUUCUCUUUAAUGGCUUGCUGGACAUAUUAACUCAUGUCUGAUGUCAUUGCUUGCUGUUUACUGUCUUAUUGGACACAUUCACUGACAUCUGAUGUCAUUGCUUACUGUUUACUGUCUUAUUGGACACAUUCACUGACAUCUGAUGUCAUUUCUUACUGUUUACUGUCUUAUUGGACAUAUUCAUUCAUGUCUGAUGUCAUUGCUUGCUGUUUACUGUCUUAUUGGACACAUUCACUGACAUCUGAUGUCAUUGCUUACUGUUUACUGUCUUAUUGGACAUAUUCACUGACAUCUGAUGUCAUUGCUUACUGUUUACUGUCUUAUUGGACAUAUUCACUCAUGUCUGAUAUUGCUUACUGUUUACUGUCUUAUUGGACAUAUUCACUCAUGUCUGAUGUCAUUGCUUACUGUUUACUGUCUUAUUGGACACAUUCACUGACAUCUGAUGUCAUUGCUUGCUGUUUACUGUCUUAUUGGACAUAUUCACUCCUGUCUGAUGUCAUUGCUUACUGUUUACCGUCUUAUUGGACAUAUUCACUCAUGUCUGAUGUCAUUGCUUGCUGUUUACUGUCUUAUUGGACACAUUCACUGACAUCUGAUGUCAUUGCUUACUGUUUACUGUCUUAUUGGACAUAUUUACUCAUGUCUGAUGUCAUUGCUUACUGUUUACUGUCUUAUUGGACAUAUUCACUCAUGUCUGAUGUCAUUGCUUACUGUUUACUGUCUUAUUGGACAUAUUCACUCAUGUCUGAUGUCAUUGCUUACUGUUUACUGUCUUAUUGGACAUAUUCACUCAUGUGUGAUGUCAUUGCUUACUGUUUACUGUCUUAUUGGACAUAUUCACUCCUGUCUGAUGUCAUUGCUUGCCGUUUACUGACUUAUUGGACAUAUUCACUCAUGUCUGAUGUCAUUGCUUGCUGUUUACUGUCUUAUUGGACAUAUUCACUCCUGUCUGAUGUCAUUGCUUGUUGUUUACUGUCUUAUUGGACAUAUUCACUCCUGUCUGAUGUCAUUGCUUACUGUUUACUGUCUUAUUGGACAUAUUCACUCCUGUCUGAUGUCAUUGCUUACUGUUUACUGACUUAUUGGACACCUUUAACUCUUUCAUUCACGGUACCUGCUUCCAGUGUCUGAUAAAGAAAUGCCACCCCAGGCCAAGGAGAACUGUCACCAGCUCCUUAACAGCUCCUUAUGUUCUCCAAGAUGUUGCUGCUGGUGCUGUGAGUGAUGGCAAACAGGCCAGCAGGGGGCGUCCUGAGGAUCAGGCGCGACAUGACGACCCGGCACUCUUCCCCAUUCUUCUGACAUCUUCCUGCUCCGCUGCUGUUCUCCCACGCCUCCGUUUCUGUUCUGCUGAAUCUGGCUCUUCUCUUCUGCCUUGUUUGUCCGCCAACCCUUUUCCAUUCUGUGCAUAUUUACUCUGCCCAUAAAACCCUUGAACUAAAUUGCUUUCGGGGUUUUGU